AACAGGGGAACAGGAACGUCUCUCAGAACCGCUCCUUUCUUCUGCAGGUAAAACGAGAGAUGUCUUCGUGGAAAAGGUUGUGUUUGUGCUGAUGGAAAAUACGAAGCAAAUCGUAUAGCCCACACAAUGCUUUUCAAAUUUCGCGCCUACGACCACGUGACGUUAUGCGAACGCCCGAUUGGGUCAGGCGUUAUUUCGAUGCGCCUGCGCGUUUCAUAUGUUGAUUGUGUGAGUGCCAUUUAAAUCGGUCGUAGUGCAAAUUUUGCUUCGACGAACAUGUAGUGUGUAUUUUGUUUCAUCAGUGCACACCUAAAGUCGCCCGUGAUACUGGGAAAGGCCUAGGGGGGUUGGCGAUGCUGGUGAACGUGCGCUUAUUUAAUGUCGCAUAAAUUUCUUCACGAAACCAUCUACGGCUACUGUUGGUGCGAGGAUGAUGUGGUACGGGCUGUGCGAACCCUCAAAAAUCUCUGUAGCGAAGCUCUGGUGCGAGACACCUACAGCCUACGUAGGGCACUGUCCAAAGUGCCGGCGGCGUUCAUGCCCUUGCUGCUGGCGAGAGCAGUGGAAGACGGUCGCGACAGAGCGGCCGAACUGCUGACGGUCCGGUGGCCGUCGUCCAUCCUCAGAGUCCAGUCCAUUCUCGGCACGACGUGUCCCAUAAUCCACCACAAAGAACAAGUUGUGGCGACAGCUGCCAUCGUCCGCGCGUUCGUGACGAUGUGCACUGCGUCGGGGGAAGGUCAGCUGCAAUUUCUGGACGUCACGAACUACCAGAUGGGCCGAGAACUCAUCGAGUUCGUCGUUCGAAAGCUUCGUGGUGCGAAGGCGACGAGCGGUGCUUGCUACCGCUUGCGGUGCGACUGUCUCGUGGGCGAUAUCUACACCUUCCAAAUGUUGUGCUCCCUCGCGGACCCCAAAAAGAACAAGAACCUACUAGACAUAGAAAUUAGCAACCUCGAACUGGAAGGUAUCGGUGAGAACCGUGUGACGCACAUUCUGAACCGUUUCCCGCACAGUCACUUGAUCGGCUUGAGUGUGGCUUACAACUCUCUCCGAAACGAAGGCAUGCUGCACGUGACUACGUCGCUGUUUCGCUUCAAGAACUUGACCGCGCUGGACAUCUCGGCAAACGGUAUCAGGAGGGGCGACACCAGGCAUUACGAUGCGCUCUUCCAGCUGACGCGGGUCCUCUUGCACUUGAGCAGGUUGAACCUGAAGAGUUCCCAGAUAGGGGGCUUCCUGAACACAGCCCUGUCCCCCAAGUGCUUUCCAAACCUGGUUCACCUGGACCUCGGCGGGUGCGGACUGCGCAGGCAGGACCUGCGGGUGCUGCAGUGGCUGAACAGCCUGCAGUGCCUGGUGCUGUCGGACAACAACUUCUCCGGACUGGAGGUGGAACUGGGUGCCGUGCUGCUCACGCUGGGAGACAUAAGGGUGUUAGAGCUGUCCAACUGUGCCCUACGUUCCGAGAUCUUUGACACCGUCUGGGAGCCAGUCAGGGCAAUGGGUGGCCACCUGCGUUCCCUGGACAUCAGCUGGAACAAACUCGCCGAAGAAGACCUUCGAAUGAUCGCUGCGGAAUUGGAGUCCGGCGGACUUCCCCGGUUGGUCAAACUCCUGGUCCCCUUCCCCAGCAACCCCAGUCCGCAGUUCUUCGAAGCCAUUCGACGCUGCGAACUGGCCUCCCCGAGCCUCAAGGUGCAGACGGAUUUGGUCUAAAUUCCCCAAGGUCCAAGUGUAGUCUUCGUACACGCGUGGGCACGAAUACAAAUAAUAGGCUAUAUUUUUUAAUGGAACCUCAUUAAGAAUGACACUAGAGCCAACACAGCUGGAAUCCGUGAAAUUCAUUAUGUGAGGUCGACACCACUGCAUUGUUCAUACUCAUUUCACCCAUUUUAACAACUCACCAUCACGAUCAAACGUUCACCUUGUGACGUUGAUUCAUGCGCUAAAAGUGCCUCGGACAUAGUACCCUGCGCCUGGAAGUGGUAACUUCCAGCAAAGGACUUCCCCUGCAGCUGAAUAGUUUGUCGUCUGCUAGCCGAGACAGUUUAGCUGGUAGAAAUAGGCCACAAAAUCUGUCAAAAGACUGUUUCAAGAAAUACGUCCCUCCUUUACUGUGAUAGACACGCACAUAAAUGGCGCGUACCGAGGAUGGUGCUACGUGCUUGAUUUAUUGUACAGAAUAAAUGUAUAGGUAGGCAUCAGCGGGUCCUCUGUGCCUUGGAUCUCCUACAGAGCUGGCGAUACCUGAGGACGUCCCUGUACACGCUGUGGUUUUUUCCGUGAGUGAUUGCCACGACGUGGGAUGCCUAAAACAGAGAUCACGUCUGCUUCAGUAUUUCCUCGUUUUUAUUUUAAAAUAUAUUUUCUAUGUGAAUAUGGAGUCGCACAAUAGUAGAGGUUAUGCACAAAUUGUAAGAUUGAAGGACAGGAAAAAAAAAGAAUCAAUGUCUAGUCAUGUUUACCUCUUGUAAAAACGCAUCUGCAUUGCGUUGGUCGUGCAGGUAAUAAAACAUCUUGCCUAGGUUCGCUAAA